AUGAAUAUCGGCACAUGGAAUGUACAAAGUAUGAGCGGAAAAAUCGAGGAAAUUACAAGGGAAAUAAAAUCUCUAAACAUGGAUAUCGUAGCUCUGACUGAGACCAAGAGAAAAGGAAAUGGCACUCAGAUAAUUAACGAUUAUAUACAUGUUUUCACUGGAGUUGCGAAACAUGAGAGAGAAAAGAGGGGGGUAUCCAUUAUGAUACAUAAAAGACAUCAGAAUAAAAUCACGGACUAUGAAGCUAUUGACGAGAAUAUAAUCAGAGUCAAUCUCAACAUAAAUCAGAGACCGGUCACUGUUCUUGGAAUAUAUGCCAUCUCAGAUGACGAGCCCUAUGCUAGGAAAGAUGAUUUUUUCGCAAAAAUGAAUGAAGAAAUUACAAAGAUAGGAAACACAAGAGAGAUCAUAAUUCUUGGAGAUUUCAACGGUAGAGUCGGACGAAAAACGAAUAAUAACGUGGUCGGCCCACAUGGAGAAUUAAGCCAAAACGAUAAUGGCGAUAGACUGAUAGAAAUAUGCGAAAGCCAGCUUCUGAAGAUUACAAAUGGCUUUUACAAACACAAAGACAUCCAUACCUACACCUGGACUCAACCAACCAGAAAUCUGAAAUCAGUGAUAGACUAUGUCAUAGUAAGACAACAGACAACCCUCCAAGUUAAUGACGUACGAGCGUAUAGAGGAAUAACAUGUGGGUCGGAUCAUUACAUGGUUAAGGCCAAGAUAAUAUUCCCAUUCAGACACCAACCAAGAAAACAAAACAAUGAAUGUUAUGAUAACAACGAAACUUUGGAACCAAAAAGAUACAACUUGGAGAGCUUGCUUACUGAAAGUACAAAACAUCUAUACCAGAAACGACUAGAUGAAAAAUUAAUGAAUAUAACACCAAACAAUUCUGUUGGAGAAGUAUACAGGAAUAUAGUGGACAGUAUCCAGAGUGCAGCAGAAGAAGCCAUUGGACUAAAACACCGCACUAAAAGCAAGAAAGUAUGGUGGAAUGGAGAAAUAGAUGUCUUGAUUGAGAAAAAAAAGAACGCUUAUAAAAAAUGGCUUUGUAGUAAACAACAACAAGACAGAGACUCGUACCUGGAAAUCAAAAGAAUAACCAGACAAAAAGUGACCGCAGCAAAAAGAGAAAUAUGGGACAAGAAAUGUCAGGAGAUUAAUUCUUAUCUGGGAGGAAGGAAAUGUACCGAAUCAUGGAAGUUCAUAAGCAGGGUGAAGGCCCCGGAAAAAUUUGCCCCUGGGUUGCAGCUAAUUCCACUCAACAAAUGGAAAGAAUAUUAUGAGAAGCUCCUCACCGAAGAUAGGUGUGAAUACACGACAAGAUCACCCACGGAAGUAAAUGUCGAAGGAGAAAAUGUUAUCAUUGACAAAACAUGA